AGAUGUUCCGCGUAUGUUGAGCAGAUAGUCUGAGACAGAAAGGGUGCUAAAGAGUUAAGAACUGUUUGCAUAAUGUCCUUUGUCAAUAAAAGUGCAUUAGUUACGGGAGGAACUGGAGCCAUUGGUGGAGCUAUUUGUGAGGAACUUCUCAAGAAUGGUGUAACAAAUCUCGCAGCAAUCGAUAUCAGCUCUGAUGAGCCUGCUGUUGUGGCUCAAUGGAGGGAAAGCUUCCCAAAAGCUUCAAUUCGUUACUUUAAAGUGGAUGUGAGAUCGCAGGAUGAAUUGGAGAAAUGUUAUGCGGAUUUUACGAAGGAUAUCCAAAGUCUUGACGUUGUUGUCAACUGUGCAGGAAUUUUGGAUGAAGAUCAGUUCAGGAAGACGAUAGAAGUAAAUCUCUUAGGCGUCAUUGCAUCCACUAUGCUAGCGAUGGAGUACAUGAGGAAGGACAAAGGUCACGGGAAAGGUGGAAUAAUUCUCAAUGUUUCCUCCGUGGCUGGUUUAGAGCCAAUGAGUACGGUUCCUUUUUACUGCGCUGCAAAGCACGGCAUUGUCGCCUUCACACGAUCCCUCAAUCAUGAUCGUGAAUUUCUUGGAAUUAAGUUCUUCGUUCUUUGUCCAGCGGGAACACAAUCGCAAAUCUAUGAUCAGUUCAAAGAUGGAAGAGGCUUCUUCAUGGCAACUAAAGAAAAACUUGACGCCCUCAAAACUGGUCAUCCUGUUCAAAGUGCCUCUGAAGUCGGCAAGGCCACGAUGAAAAUUAUGCUGGAGGGAAAGAGCGGAAGUGUCUGGGUUACAGAUCUAGGAAAAGUAACAGAAAUUAAUUUACCUGCAGUCAGAUUUUAGAUAGCAUUUCUUAACUGUAAUUAGUCUUUUGCAUUUUCUUUGAAAGGAGAUUUUUUUUAUUAAAUAAAUACUUAACAAUAAAAUGCUCAA